UGGUGGUGUCGGUGGCCGGAGCCUUCCGCAAGGGAAAGUCUUUCCUGCUCGACUUCCUGCUGCGCUACAUGUACAACCAGGUGAGGUUCGCCAGUACAACCAGGUGAGGUUCGCCUGUACAACCAGGUGAGGUUCACCUGAACAACCAGCCUAGGUUCGCCCGUGAGGUUCGCCUGUACAACCAGGUGAAGUUCACCUUUACAACCAGGUGAGGUUCAACUGAACAACCAGGUGAGGUUCACCUGUACAACCAGGUGAAGCUCACCUGUACAACCAGGUGAGGUUCACCUGUACAACCAGGUGAAGCUCACCUGUACAACCAGGUGAGCUUCACCUGUACAUCCAGCUGAUUUCCCGCCCAAUCUGAAAUCUGGCCGCAUCUAGCAAACCGGUUGACCAGCUGCUGUGGUGGUGCUGGGAGCUGUCUAAGGGUUGUCUGUGGGUGGUGGUGCUGGGAGCUGUCUAAGGGUUGUCUGUGGUGGUGAAGUCCUCCAGCUCGUGGAUGGGGGACGCAGAGGAGCCCCUGACCGGCUUCACGUGGCGGGGAGGCUGCGAGAGAGAGACCACGGGCAUCCAGGCCUGGGGCCAGCUGUUCCUGGUGGACCGACCAGACGGUAGCAAGGUUGCGGUGAUGCUGAUGGACACCCAGGGGGCGUUUGACAGCCAGUCCACGGUUCGAGACUGUGCUACUCUGUUCGCGCUGAGUACCAUGGUGAGCUCCAUCCAGGUCUACAACCUUUCUCAGAACGUCCAAGAAGAUGACCUUCAACAUCUCCAGCUCUUCACAGAAUAUGGCCGCCUCGCCAUGGAGCAGACUAACGAGAAACCUUUUCAGAGGCUGAUGUUCCUGGUCCGAGACUGGAGCUAUCCCUACGAGCAUCCCUACGGCCUGGAGGGCGGACACAGCUUCCUGGAGAAACGACUUCAGGUGACGCAGCAGCAGCAUGAGGAGCUCCAGACAGUGAGGAGACACAUCCACUCAUGUUUCUCCUCCAUUAGCUGCUUCCUGCUGCCUCACCCGGGCCUCCGGGUGGCCACCAACCCCGCCUUCGAUGGACGACUGACAGAUAUUGACGAGGACUUUAAGAGGGAGCUGUUCUGUCUCGUUCCAACACUCCUGGCUCCAGAGAACCUGGUGGUGAAGGAGAUCGGAGGAGCCAAGCUCACAUGUCGAGACCUGCUGCACUACUUUAAGGCGUACAUGAAAAUCUACCAGGGGGAGGAACUUCCUCAUCCCAAGUCCAUGUUACAGGCAACAGCUGAGGCCAAUAACCUGGCUGCUGUGGCAGGCGCUAGAGCCCUCUACACCAAGAGUAUGGAGCAGCUGUGUGGAGGAGACACACCCUACAUGGCCCCGCUGGAGCUGUCCCGGCGUCACCACGCCCUGCGGCUGGAGGCCGUCAGACACUUCCGCUCGGUCAAGAAGAUGGGCGGGGAGGAGCUGUGCCGGCGCUACCAGGAGCAGCUGGAGGCGGAGCUAGAUCUGUCCCACGCCAGCUACUCCAAACUCAACGACGGGAAGAACAUCUUCCGGGCGGUCCGGACGCCCGCCACCCUGCUGGGCCUCGUGUUCCUGUGCUACGCCGCGUCCCUGUUCACGGGGCUCCUGGGGGCCCGCUGGCUGGCUUCCAUGUGUCACCUGCUGAUGGGCGUGGCCCUGGUCGCCCUCCUCACCUGGCUGUACACGCGCUACUCCGGAGAGCUCCGCCCCCUGGGUCACGUCAUCGACCGGGUGGCGGCCGCGCUGUGGGAGCAGAAGACUCCCCACCAGGUGUUUUCUAAACUUUGUGAGGCGCUCCGGAGCCGAGGUCGGCUGGCCCGCUGGCUUCCGAUUCGGCGCCCGCGUCUAGCCUCCAACAACAACCUGAAGAAGAACUAGCGCCGUCAUAUACGCUUCUCCGCCCGGAGGAGGCCGACACAUUGGCUCCUCCUGACGGCCUUGUUGAGGACUCAUUCAAAACACACUUUGGUGUUUUAUUUAUUUAAAUUAUUGGAAAUGUGAACAAAAACAGAAUGUUUUGCUUCCGUCUCAUCAAAUUGACGAUGCCUCUACCCAACAGGCUAUGCUCACGGUUAGCUCCUCGCUGGACUCUGGGUAUGCCGGUCGCUAGGUGCUGGUUUCACCUGAUAUCGAUUAGGCCACUGGUUAUCCUAGGGCCAGCCCAUUGGAGUUAGCCUGGCGUCUUGUCUUAGCGUGGUACCUUUUCAAGCUCCGGUUAGUUUACCGCUGCCUUGGUUGAAGCAGGUGCUCCUAGCAUUGAUGAAGACACUUGUUUUACACUCUUCACAUCUAUUUCUAUACAUGGGGCAUGUAUGAAAUAUACAUAAUUAAGAUAUACAUAUAUAAAUACAUUUUCUAGACCUUUUUGGUAGCUGGAUGAAUCAGUAGAUAUACGGUAUAUAUAUAUAGUGUGUAUUUGUACAUAGUAUAUCACUGUAUGUAACGGCAGCCUGUGGUGACCUGUGGAUAUGAAAUAAAGCAUUUUGUAAAAAAUA